AAAUUUGGUCACAAAGCUAGUUGAGAUCGGAGAAGCUAACGAGAUUCAGAUAUUAAAAUAAGUCUUGUUGUAACCGUAAUUUUUAAGAAUGUCCGUCUAGGUAAACGUGUUUACUACAAACUCUGUUCUAACUCCAAAUUUAAACUUAGAUUCAUUCAAACUGCAUCAUCAAUUACACAACAAGAAGCUGUUGAGUUUAACUCGGUUCCAGGAUUAGUUUUUGGACUUGAUGAUAACUAGUGAACAAGGAUAAUUGGAUCAAUUAUUACCGAAUUGUUCAUUGGUUGGCUGUGAAGGAUCGCGGGGGAUAUUUGAUAUGAACUUGAGAUGGCGAUGAGAAUGAAGUCAGUAAUGCAGGGUGUUAGAGCUAAGUUCAGUGUAAUAGUUCUUGUGCUUAUUACAUUAGGGAUCGCUGCUGCAUCUAUAUAUGGUCUGCUAAAACCGAUUUCGAAUGGUUGUACCAUGACGUACAUGUAUCCUACUUAUAUCCCCAUUUCCACGCCAAAAAAUGUGUCAGCUGAGAAGUAUGGUUUGUACUUGUAUCACGAAGGAUGGCAAAAGAUUGAUUUUGAUGAGCAUAUUAAGCAGCUUAGUGGAACUCCAGUUUUAUUUAUCCCAGGGAACGGGGGUAGCUACAAACAGGUAAGGUCCUUGGCAGCAGAGUCCGAAAGGGCUUAUCAAGGAGGCCCACUUGAAAAUGAGCUUUACCAACAAGCUACUCUAACACUUGAAGAGGAUGGAGGACCUAUAAAUGUAAAUAACAUUUCAGUACCUACCCAGUAUAGUUCCUUCAUGGACUGGUUUGCUGUGGAUCUUGAAGGUGAACAUUCUGCAAUGGAUGGUCAAAUACUUGAAGAACACACAGAAUACGUAGUAUAUGCUAUUCACAGGAUCUUGGAUCAAUAUAAAGAAUCUCGUGAUGCCCGGAAAAGUGAAGGUGCAGCCAUAUAUGGAAGUUUACCUCGAAGUGUUAUACUAGUUGGCCACUCUAUGGGUGGUUUUGUUGCAAGAGCAGCAAUAGUUCACUCGCAUUUAAGAAAGUCUGCAGUGGAAACUAUUAUUACGCUCUCAACCCCGCACCAGUCACCUCCUGUGACACUGCAGCCAUCCUUAGGUCACUAUUAUACACACGUAAAUCAGGAAUGGAGAAAGGGAUACGAGGUCCAUACCUCUCGAAGUGGACAUUACAUAUCUGGUCCAAAACUUGGCCACAUAGUUGUCGUUUCCAUUUCCGGUGGUAUCCAUGAUUUUCAGGUACGGUCAAAAUUAGAAUCCCUUGAUGGGAUUGUGCCACCUACCCAUGGUUUUAUGAUUAGUACUACAAGCAUGCAGAAUGUUUGGCUGUCAAUGGAGCACCAAGUUAUUUUAUGGUGCAAUCAAGUCGUUGUGCAAGUGUCACAUACUCUGCUUCAUCUAAUUGACUCUAAAACCAGCCAACCAUUUACCGAAUCAAGAGAAAGGCUCGCAAUAUUUACCAAAAUGUUACAUAGUGGAGUACCAGAAAGUUGGUUGAAACAGUCGCAAGCAACUCAGAAAUCCCUACACGCUUCUUCAAAGAAUGGAAUCCUACCAGGAUCUCAUGUGCACACUUUACCUGCCUGCCCUAGUACUAUUCGUUGGAACGAGGCUGGAUUAGAAAGGGAUCUAUACAUUCAAACCCCUACUGUUACUGUUUUAGCAAUGGAUGGCAGAAGACGGUGGCUGGACAUUAAAAAACUGGGGCUGAAUGGAAAAGGCCACUUCGUAUUUGUUACGAACCUUGUUCCCUGUUCUGGGGUUAGACUUCAUCUUUGGCCUGAAAAGGGCAAUUCUGCUUCAGACCUGCCUCUUACUAAAAGGGUUCUAGAAGUGACAUCAAAGAUGGUAAAAAUCCCAUCAGGUCCAGCUCCAAGGCAGAUUGAACCAGGUAGUCAGACUGAACAAGCACCUCCAUCUGCUGUAUUUAUGCUGGAUCCAAAGGAUAUGUAUGGGUUUAAAUUCUUGACCAUCUCAGUUGCACCUCCUCCGGUUUUUUCAGGAAGACCUCCGCCUGCAACUUCCAUGGCAGUUGGGCAGUUUUUUGAUCCAGAUGAAGGGAAAACAGUAUUCUCACCAUACUUGUUGCUUCAAUCAAUGGUUUCUCAACAAGACAUGAUAUUGAAGGAGGAUCAUCCUCUUGCUUUAGAUCUAUCCUUCUCUAUUAGUUUAGGCCUUCUGCCUGUUAAAUUCUCUUUAGAACCAACAGGAUGUGGGAUACAAAAGUCAGAACUGGUUGAAGAGGUUAAAGACAUGGAAAUUAACAAGCUUUGCAAACGUCGAUGUUUUCCACCUGUAGCACUUGCUUGGGAUGUGAGUUCUGGUCUGCACAUAUUUCCAAACUUGUACUCUCAUACAAUUAUGGUGGAUUCUUCACCAGGGUAUUGGGAUUCACCCAAGGGUUCUGAGAAGACCACUCUUUUAUUACUGGUUGACCCGCAUUGUUCAUACAAAACUAGUAUCUCUGUAUCUGUUGCUGCUGCUGCUGGUAGAUUCAUGCUUUUAUAUUGGUCACAGAUCAUUGGUUUCUCCUUCGCAGUUGUGUUUUUCGCACUGAUGCAGCAAGCAUAUUCAUGGGAGCUUGAUCUGCCUAUUCCUUCAAUGCUAACAGCAUUGGAAUCAAAUAUGAGAAUGCCUUUGCCAUUUUUUUCCCUAGUCAUUACCCCCAUUGUAGCUGCCUUGUUCUAUUCCUUUAUGAGUUCUCAGCGAUUUCCUUCGAUCAUAAGCUUUUUUGUGAUCUCGAUACUUUGCUAUGCAUUUGCGAAUGGGAUUGUUGUCGUGCUUAUAUUGAUCUCUCAAUGGGUUUUCUAUGUGGCUGCCAGUAUACAUGUUUUCAUCAAGAAAUGGUGGCAGUGGGAGACUAGUUUAUUGUCAUUCAAGGUGGUAAGGAUUGUCAGAUUCAAUCCUUCACUCGUCACAGUGUUUGCGGCUAUGUCAUUGGCUUGCUUUGUUCAUCCAGCUUUUGGUCUUGCUAUAUUGCUGUUUUCUCAUGCCUUGUGCUGUCAUAAUGCAUUGUCCAGCCAUGCUCGAAGUAGGGAAUUGUUUGAUUUUGGUGAUAGAGGCAGCAGUGAAUAUAAAAGGUUACAAAUCAAGUCUGAUAGUAGAACAAAUAAAAGUCUGCCUGUUGAUGAGCACAGUUCCAAUAGUCCCGACUCUGCAAGAAGCUACGGCGAUACACAGCUGGAGAUCUUCCACCACCAGCACGGCCUGCUGGUCUUACAUCUUAUGUCUAUGCUGAUGUUUAUUCCAUCACUUGUGGCUUGGUUCCAGAGAUUUGGUACUGGUCAGAGAUUUCCAUGGUUCUUAGAUUCAGCGCUGACGCUUGGUAUCAUCCUCCACGGUGUGUGUGGUUCAAAGCCCGAGUAUAGUUUUUGGUUUCCCUUGCCAGGCAGUGACAGAUGGGAAGUGAAACAGAGUUUUGGCUACCUGCUUGGUGGAUUCGCUUGUUGUUUAUAUGCCUUGACCAUGGCUCCUUAUGGAGCAUUUUAUGCAAUGGCCUGCAUAGGGAUCGUCGCUUUCACUUUUAGAAUUAUAGAUAGAAGGAAUAGGGAGAGAGGAGACGCCUACUAUAGCAAUCGAAAGCAUUCUCAUAGACACUGACGAGCUUCUCCAACCAUUUUACAUAGAGUAUAGUUUUUAAAACACUCGGCUUAUAGGAUUUUGUGUACAAUAUUGUACAUGUGAUGUAUCAAUUUUUUGAGUUACCAUGUGAAAGGUAUUGUCAAUCGAUUUUCAAUUUCAUUUCACGGACAUGUUAUUACGGUGACAUGGAGUGGGCCCCUUGUGUUGGGAUCUUACUUGGUUCCAGUUAAUACAAGUGAUGAUUUUUACA